AUGUUUGUCGAUCCGCCCGGCAGCGACUUGUCGCAUUCCCAAGGCGACGAAAUAGAUCCAACGCGCCACAUUUGCAGAGACACAUCCCAACACCUACCAGAGGGCUCCACGUUGACGGGUAGAGCUUCAAUCAUGCGACCGGCCUUGGCCACCAUUCUCGCCCGAACUACCCAGUCCCGUCAGUCUUGA